UACACCGCAAAUGAGUCCGCUAGAAGAGAGUUCGCAAACAGAGGUGUUUCACCGCGAAAAGGAAAAGGAAACGUCGGAUCUCAAGAUGGACGAGGAACUCCAAGAAGAGGAAAGCUUCGAAGAACUAGCUGUGUCAUCAAGUCUUGAUAACAACGACAACGACAGCAGCGCAAGCGAUAGUGACAGCGGAAGUUAUGGAAAAGCGCAUGAUGGCAACAAUGCAAUGCAACAGCAWAGUCCAUCCUUUGAYGAAGUAUCGACAAAUCAUGAAGUUUUGAGUCCGGCACCGGUUGUAGAAAAGGGUGGAGACAACGAAUUUGUGAAGGUUUCUCAUUUGGCAAGUGUUCAGGUGAAGACAGUUCCUAUCCAGGGCAUGGUAACUAACAAAUACCAAAAGCAGAAAGCUGCGAACACAAGAAUGAAAUUACCAAAGAUGUCUGAUAGUACUGGAACUCGGGGGUCUCUGAGAAAUACUAGAAAGAACAUAAAUAAUCACAGUACGGACAAUACAGGAGAUUCGUUCGACGAAGACGAACUUUAUAUGGAUAUAAUCGAGAUAUCGCCAUACGAGCCGGAGGGGUGUGCCGAAUUUGGAGARGCUCUCUUUCAGGAAAUGAGGGAUAUGUUGCUAGAAGACUCCGAAACGAGCCCACGAACCAUCCAAAUAUUUGGUCAAGGCAACGCAGAAUGUUUGAAAAAGGCCUGCACGCUUGUGGAAAAGUCAGGAAUGCUCUACAGCCAAAACUGGACAAAGGGSACAAUUCACGGGAAUCCUGUUGGGAUCAUACCAAAUCACUUGUUGUUACUGGUCUUGGCGCCAACUCGUUUCGUCAAGGCUAACCCAUUAUUGCUGUCGGGGAUGUGUCGGGACUUGAAGGUUUGUAAGUCAGUCAAUGAGGCACUAGACCUUUGGGGAUGGAGUGAGAAAUACAAAUUGGUAGGUAUAGGCAAGGCCACCUUGUAUAUGGUUCGAAGUGUUUCGGUUGUGCGAGUUUGUUUCUUUCCUGAAAAACUGGUCAACUCCUUGCAUUGUCUUCACCCYUUUCUGCUCUAUGCUUGCUGUAUUCAUUCCCACGGUUGAUUAUUGCCUCGCUCGUAUCACAGGUGAGGGAGACCGAAAAGAAUUACAAAUUCAAAACGAACAAACGCAAUUGUUUCAAGUGCGCUGUUUUUGUGGCCAGAGCACAUACCUGUUUUGUAAUCUUCGGGMAACGGAAACUGGAAUCUGUGAUGAUGGACAAAUUAACGAAAUGUCUAGAUAUCAUGGAAUACCAUUUGGCGGAAGCGGCUACGUCGAGUCAUUACGGUCAAAUAUCUGCUGCAGCAGGUACACAUACUACUGCUGCCGCGACGAACAGAAAGAAGAGGAAAAUGCCAAUCCCGGAUGGCGUUGGUUCGACCCACACAACGGCGUCUGGUUCAAAUUCUUCGUCGGGAACAAAAUCGAAAGGGGCGCACAGMUUCAAUCAUCGUCGACAGUAUAGUCACGAUACCUCUGUUGGGAAACGGAAGCGGGGGAAAUCAUCUAACGAUUUAGACCAUGUCCUUAUGAAUGAGCGAARACUAAGAUCCUCGUCAAGGGUUACUCAGGUUGAGCCAAACCCGUCAUAUCGUCAGCCAAAAAAUGAAAAAAAGGGAGCAAGAUCUGACGAAGACAAUAAAUUUCCAUCAGCAUCUUCUAGACAGAACCGCCACUCACAACCAGAUAAAACGAAAGGAGCAACAAAUAUUACUGAUGGUACUGAUUCUGUCGUGAGCCAAGCUCCACAAAAAGUCUCAGGGGGUUCGGCUCCUUCAAUACAGGAGUUGAUUKCACGGUUCGAGAAACAACACAGUGAAAUGGGGCAACAAUAUGCCGAAAUGGGAUUGCUUUUGGCACAGAUGAAGACUGCAUUGGCGGAGAAUAGGCAACAGACGGAACAAGAAAUUCGAAGAGAGCUUCUCGAUGAGGUUCAAAUGAGUAUUUUGCGAAGCCUUCCGAAAAAAUGAAUUCUGAAGUAGUGAUGUGUGAGGUGAAAUUAUUCUUCGCCAACGAAGUUCAACUCUACCGGCUAAUGCAAUUCUAGACAGGAGAAACWAAAUUGUAUUGGUUCAUUGUUGAUGAGGUUGUGGUUGAAUUCUGUCGUCACGUGUAACGAAAAUUGUUCGAACCAAGAAUAAAAAGAAAAAAAAAACACAACAGCAUGSACAUAGAAAAGCGGUAGUUACAAAGAGUAUCGACAUGGUUCCUCCUUCCACGAAAUUAACACGUGUAUUAAACUCUUUCCCUCUGUGUGUGUCUAGRAAAAAUCGCAGCUUUCUAUCAUGGUAUUCAACAAUCAUUUCUACUUCUCUGAAGUUGUCUUCGUACCSUGKACAAAGCGAAAUUAGUAAAGAGUGACGUGAUUCUUCAUGGAUGCGAGCUAGAAUARCAGCAAGACAGAUUAUUAAUACUAGUACACAUGCAUGAAGUUCUGAUUUGAACAAUUCACUGUUCAUAAAGGGGUUCUCAUGACAAGCACAUUAUGAUGCUUUUCAUAGCAAGCCUAAAAGUAUACAAUAACUUAUUGAACAUAAC